AUGGGCAGCACACCGGGAGAAUGCUGUAAGUGUAUCUUCAGCUUAAAGAGCAUCCUUGGCGUUCAGAACUUCACUGGGUGCUUCAUACUUGCGAGCGAGUGCGAGACGACCUUUGGGAAUAGUCGCGUCCCGGAGAACUUGGAGAAAGAGGCGCUGCAUACCCACUCAGAGAACCAACGUUCGGCCUAUGCGUGCAGCCCAGCGGCUGUGUCCUUGUCAUCCACAGAAUUGUGUAAAUUGACCUGUGAUGUUUACGACGCUGUCCGUGAAGGCGAGCAUGUUACAGAGCUGUCCUCGAAAAUGAAAGCGUACUCGCCUCUUUGUUGGGAAUGCACACAUGUGAGGCGCGAGCUCGAGAACGGCUACUCGCCUCCAGAACCAGCAAAUCACGGAAACGCAGCCGUGUCACAUGUGCGCUGCCAAGCACUUGAUAACACAGUGAAUGGGAGGACCGAGAGACAGAAGCGAUGCAGCAGCGUGCGAUCACGCAGCUGCGAGGUGUGUGAGACAAGACACUUACGGCACGGAGGCUUGCCACUUGGAACCUGGCCCCUCGCCACGAAUAAGUUCCAGAGAGAUGUACGAAAAGAUCUGGACCAUGCGGUGGGGCCGACGGAAGAUCUGCAACGAAAACAACAGCAACGCCGGACCCCGCCGGUCGAUCCGAAUCCACAGGAGAGGGAAGCGAUCGCCCCCUUUGUGUGUGCAUCUUCCACUGUCAAUCAGUCGAGCAGCAGCCUGAAUGCCGGGCAGCGGCCACCGCCUAGAGGUCACCCGUUGCCCCAGGCUGUUCACCAACAGCAAAGCGACAUCGUGCCCACGCAGAGAGACACUGAGCAAGGUGGAAGAACUGACACACUCCAACUGUGCGUGGAGUGUUCCCCACCGCGAGAGGCAACAAUGGUUUUAGGCAAGACCCCACCCGUUGGGACGUGUAACGCCGUUUCAGCUUUGCAAAGAGGUCCCCCCUCGCUGAUGCAAGAGGAAGGAUUGACCGAGGACCUCGACAUGGAUUCGGCCCCUUGCUUCACAGCUGAAAACAGAUCUCUCAGGGCACUCUUUCGCGACACAGAAGCUCAGCUCCGGCAGAGGAAGCGAGAGUUAGGCGUUCAGGGCCAGGACCACUGGGUACGGGAGGCGUUGAACGCUUCUGAAGAACAAGUGAUUGCAAAGCUGAACAGCCGACUGACCGAAACGCUGUUAAAACUUCGGGAGGCAGAGGAGAGAGCCGAAUGCAUCCAGAUGCAGCACGAAUCAAAAAUAAAGGCGCUGGAAGCCUCUGUUAGGCGGGCGCCCGUAUGUAUAGACAGGGAAACUCAGACCGUGCCGCCAAUGUCUUCGUGGUAUCCAUUCAAAGAGUUCUCCGAGUUACACAGCGAAGCUGUCGCCGCCCUUUCGCACGACAUCACGCUCAGAUUGUCAGAACUGAAACAGGAGAAGAAUGACAAGACGAGCGAGUUCAGCCGCCUACUAGAUGAGAAAGCUCUGCAGGUUGGGAGCCUGUCCGCAGAGAUGGCUGCGUCCUUCGAGCGACAUGUUACAGAAAAGAAGAAUCUCCUCGCGCGACUUGCAACUCAGAACUUGCAACUUCGGGCGCAAAAAGAAAGCAUUAGGCGGUUGACACUCAGCCUAGAAGCUUCUAAUGUCGCUAGCGAAGAAGCUCUGAAGGUCAGAGAUCAACUCGUAGAAAAGCAGCGGCAAAGCAAAGUAGAUCUUCAUCGUAAAGUGAGGUAUCUUGAACAGCAGCUACGAGUUAGAUCUGAGCAGUUGAAAGAGACCGUCAAGUCACUGGAUGUGUUGCAACGUUCUGUGAGAGCUGCUUCACUUCGAAGUCCCCCGUCAGCCCUCUCCACAGAGGCCGCAUCGGUCGACAGCGACGCGCCCGCACCCCUACUGGAGAUUCCAGACGAGUUUCUUCGUAUUCAUGCAAGCCCCCGACACACCACAAGUCCCGGUCGCUCAAACAACACACGUCGACUAACUUUGGAGGGCGAAACACGUGCCUCAGGUACCUGGUCAGGAGAGUGCAUGCGCGCAGCAGGAUCCGAUGGUGGAAACGAACUGAACCCGCAGACGCUGUCGUUAAGCGAACGCAUCUGCAGUCUGACAGCAGCCUUGCUCGCGAAGGCUCACGCCUUCAGUGUGGUAGAAACAAGAGCUUCCGAUUUACAGAACGACGUGUGCGAUCUCCGCGCGCGUGUCCACCAACUGAGCGCGAUGCAUGAGCACGAAGAGAGAAAUUGCCGCGACCGGGCAAAAGAAACGGUUCUGCGAGAACGAGUUCAGUUUCUGGAGAGACAUGUUGAAGUCCUCAAGCACGAAAACCACACAGUCGCUGAAAAGCUCCGGCAGUUGGAGCUGGCGGAGGCCAAACUUCAGGAUGAGUGCGAGAUCCUCCGUCAGGAGCGACUGAAGUGGAUACACAGACUGGACAUGGUUCACCAGGACCAUAUCGCCCGCUCGGCUCGAGAGCGCAAGCAGCAUGAAACGCUUCUGGAGGCGCUCAAGCAUCACGUCGACAGACUGAAUGCUUCCGCGUUUGCAUCCGAGCGAAAAGAAACUGCGCGCGUGCAUGGGGGCGACUCACCACCUGACCCUGACCAAUCUCACAUUUCUGGUUUCCGCGGCAUAGUUCGCGGUGAGUCAGCGAGCACGACGCUGGCUGAAGACGACGGCCUCCCUGGCGACGAGCCGCCCUUAGUGGAAGCCAUCCAAGAGCUGACAGAGGUUGCCAGGCUCAUCGCGGCCUCAGUGACGAUGGUGGAGGCGCCAAAAGGCGCAGUGGACAAUCCACAGACGCAAGGAGCUCCCCGGGGCGCCGCCGCCAGUCCGGAGGACACGUUAGAACCCGCAUCGCGUUCAGUGAAUGUGAAAAUUCCGUGGCCUCCAAGUAGCGGGCCUCGCGAGUCUUUGACCUCGUGGACCGAGGGGUGCCCAACUCUCGGUCCCUGCAGCGACAGUAAUCACACCGGAGACCUGAGAGAAAUGAGCAGUUCGGCAGAGGUGGCGGCUGCAGUCGGGCCUGUGAUCCACCAGCUCUGCGAACUGUUUCUCUCUGUGGGCAGACGGCUGUUCAUCGCGGAGAGACGCGCUUCCUUCUCACAGUUCCUCGGCACGCUCUGCUACAAGCAGUGGCAGCUACAGAGCUCCCGAGAGGCUGAGGGCGUCCGCGACCGCAACUUGCUUCGUCAGCAGCUUCAGGCGCUGCAGAUCUAA